AUGGCAUCUGUGAACCCUCGAGUCUCUAAGAAAGAGUUCAUACUAGCGCUGGGUCUAAACCCCCAUGAUGCACAGCAUGAACAUUAUUACCGAGCGAUGCGAGACGAAACUAUCCUUGUCUACAACCGCAUGAAUAAGGAUACCUCGCAUCUCCUGGACAGUGUUCGCACUGACCCGAACACCCGACCCCCAUUCUUCUGGCAUCAUAUCAUACCUGAAAGACAGACCUGGGCAAUCAGCGAGAUUUAUCGACUCGCCGGCCCCAUCACACGUCCACUUCUUGAUCGCGGUAGAACAAUCGGGAAGUAUGGGCCAAACUGGGUGGCAGGUUGGUUGCUGUAUAGUAUUUUCCGGUCAAGAGAUGUUAGGAAUAAUCGAAACCGACGGAAAGGAGGAAAGGGUGCUGGCAGAGGCAUCGCCAAUGAGAAAGUAGAGCUAACUGAAGAAGCUGCCUCGCCGAAGAGAAUGUACUAUGACCCGGUGCGAAAUAGGACAGCUUAG